GGUGGAGCCUUGAUUCACCUGAGACCCUAUACAGUUGAGUCCCUGGAAGAUGAAGUUAUGAAGGAUUUGAAGUGAUUCUGUGACCCUCCUACUAGAGAUGUGCCCUAGCCUCCUGCAAUCCUCACCUGUUUACGUUGCGGUGGGUCAUCCUGCUCCGUCCUUGACUCGGUACCACGAUCUCCUGCCGUUUCCAAAACGCUCUCUUCAAACCCUUUUUUGUGCCUGGGUUUUGGGCUGCGGAAUGGAGAGAGGAAGCAAAGCUGCAGCCGAGUCUUGUGGGUUCAGGAACCUGUGGCCCGGCUCUCCGCGCGUCCCCGUUCCCCCGGUGGCCCUGGCCCCGGCCAUGAAGCGCAUCUUCUCCUGCUCCAGCUCACAGGUGGCGGUGGAGAGAUGGAACCGCCGUGAUCAGAAGCUGCUGGAGGCGGUGCAGCGGGGGGACGUGGGACGCGUGGCUGCCCUGGCCUCCAGGAAAUCUGCCCGACCCACUAAGCUAGACUCGAACGGCCAGUCCCCGUUUCAUCUGGCCGCCUCCAAAGGCCUGACAGAAUGUCUGACUAUACUACUUGCCAAUGGGGCUGACAUCAACAGCAAGAAUGAGGACGGAAGCACCGCCCUGCACUUGGCCACCAUUUCUUGCCAGCCACAAUGUGUCAAGGUCCUGCUGCAGCAUGGUGCCAAUGAAGACGCUGUAGAUGCAGAAAAUCGUAGUCCAUUGCACUGGGCAGCCUCCUCUGGCUGUGCCUCAAGUGUGCUCCUCUUGUGUGAUCAUGAAGCCUUCCUGGACGUCCUGGAUAAUGAUGGACGUACACCCCUAAUGAUUGCCUCGCUGGGAGGUCAUGCAGCUAUCUGCUCACAGCUACUGCAGAGAGGUGCCCGGGUUAAUGUCACCGACAAGAAUGACAAAUCGGCUCUGAUCCUGGCCUGUGAAAAAGGCAGUGCUGAGGUGGCUGAACUGCUCCUGAGCCAUGGAGCAGAUGCGGGGGCAGUGGACAGCACAGGGCAUGAUGCUUUGCAUUAUGCCCUACGCACACAAGACAGGACCCUGUGGAGGCUGCUGCGGCAGGCCCUGAACCGGCAGGGCCGAGGGGGUCAGGGGCCAGUUCAACACCUGGAUCCUGCAUCCCAGGCCUCUCCCUCUGAGCCUCAGGUGGGUGCGCCACCUAAGAGCCCGUGGAGGGCAGAGCCUGAGGAGGAACAGGAGGAAGAAGAGGACGAGGAUCCAUGUUCAGAGGAGUGGAAGUGGAAGUAUGAAGAGGAGAAAAGAAAAGUUUCUCAGUUGGAGCAGGAGCUGCUGCGAAAGACGGAAGAGUGCAAGGCUCAAGCUACAGCUUACCUGGGCCUGGAGAAACAGAUUCAAGAACAGGUUCGGGAGCUGGGGCUCCUCCUGUCCCAAGAGCCCAGAGCUCCAGGGGACCAGGGCUCUAGUCUCCGGCCUGGAGGAGAUGGCAUGGAACAGGGUUGUGCCCUCAACCUGCUGGCUAAGCACAUACAAGAGCUGAAGAAGCAUCAGCAGGCUACAGCUGCAGCGGCAGCCAACCCAGUAUUAGCUUCCAAGAAGGCUGAGGAUUCAGUCCCAGGGGAGAUCCAGUAUGAAGCCCAGGGAAAGUCCCAACCAGAAGACCAGGAGCCACCCCAGAGCCCAAAGUCUGAGACUGUAAGGAAAACCACAGGACAGCAACUGACCAACAGUGAUGGGCAGGCCCUUCGCCCUGAUCAUACUGACCAGCUGUUUGCUGGCCGGAAGGAGAGGCCCCAGGCUUCAGGGGCUGAACCCACAAGCACAGUGGCUGAGCCAGUGGGCACAGCAGCCAUGAAUCAGCUCCUGCUACAGCUGAGGGAGGAGCUGGCUGCGGUGUGGCGAGAAAAGGAUGCAGCCCGGGGGGCUUUAUCAAGACCCGUCUUGGAGGGAGCUCUCGGGACACCCCGGGCUGAGGCUGCAGCAGCUGCCUGGGAGAAGAUGGAAGCCAGGUUGGAGCAGGUGCUGGUGAGACUGGAUCGAGCAAAAGCAGGAUUGCAGAUGAAAUCCGAGGGCCCUGCCCAGGAGCCCAGAGAGGGAGCGCUCAAGUCAGUCCCAGGGACCAUCACCCAAGAAGAUGAAGAAAAGGAGAAAGGGGUCCUUGGGGCCCGGGGAGAGCCUCUAGGGGCUCCUGGAGGGGACCAGAUGCCAGGAGGAGGCCAGGCCAGGGGACAACUGGAGAAGGAGGUGUCCGCCCUGAGACUGAGCAACAGUAACUUGCUGGAGGAGCUGGGGGAGCUGGGCCGGGAGCGGCAGCGGUUGCAGGGGGAGCUGCAGUCCCUGAGCCAGCGGCUACAGCGGGAGUUUGUGCCCAGGCCGGAGGCGCAGGUCCAGCUACAGCAGUUGCGGAGGAGCGUGGGGCUGCUGACAGACGAACUGGCCCUGGAGAAGGAGGCCACCGAGAAGCUGCGGAAGCGCCUGGCCUCCCAGAACAGAGGCCUCCAGGGGCUGUGGGACUGCCUGCCCCCAGACCUGGUAGGCCAGGGGAGUGCACGGAGCACAGUCACCGCGCCCCUGGAAGAGCUGCAGGCCUGCAUCAGUGCCUUGGUGGCCAGGCACCGCGAGGCCCAGCAGCGGCUGGCUCAGCUGGAGGAGGAAAACCAGCAGCUGCGGGGCUCCCCUUCCCGCCCUGGCGAGCCUCGCUGUGGGGAGGCCUCGGCUUCCCCUCAGGUGGCGGCUCUGGAGCAAGACCUGGGGAAGCUGGAGGAAGAGCUGCGGGCGGUUCAGGCCACGAUGAGCGGGAAGAGCCAGGAGAUAGGGAAGCUGAGGCAUCUGCUCUACCAAGCCACCGAGGAAGUGGAGGAGCUGAGGGCCCGGGAGGCGGCCAGCCUGCGGCAGCACGAGAAAACUCGGGGCUCCCUGGUGGCCCAGGCCCAGGCUUGGGGCCAGGAGCUAAAGGCCCUGCUGGAGAAGUAUAACACUGUCUGCCGGGAGAUGGGUCGGCUGCGGGAGGCGGCGGCCGAGGAGCGGCGCCGGAGCGGGGACCUGGCCGCGCGCGCGGCGGAGCACGAGCGCCAGGCCAGCGAGAUGCGCGGACGCUCGGAACAGUUCGAGAAGACGGCGGAGCUGCUCAAAGAGAAGGUGGAGCAUCUCAUCGGCGCUUGCCGGGACAAGGAGGCCAAGAUCAAGGAAUUGUUGAAGAAGCUGGAGCAGCUUUCAGAGGAGGUUCUAGCUGUUCGGGGAGAUAAUGCUCGCCUUGCCCUACAGCUGCAGGAUUCCCAGAAGACCCAUGAAGAGAUCAUCUCUACCUAUAGGAAGCAUCUGCUGAAUGCUGCUCAGGGCUACAUGGAACAGGACGUGUAUAAUAUCCUCCUGCGAAUCCUCAGCAUACAGGAGUGAGGCAACCCAUGCCCUGAAGAAUAUGGGAUCUCUCUGUUGGAACAGAGCAUCCUGGUUGGCAGAGGCUCCAUCAGGCUGUGGUGGGUGGUGGGUUGGCCACUGGGGCUGGUGUGGGUGGAGCUUCACCUGACAUUAUGGACCCCAGACCUGAGAACCUGAACCCUGGAAUCAGCAUGGAUGAGAUCAGAGGAGGUGUGGGUGGAAGCCGGCUCUAUGGAGAAUAAAGUGGGAGGCAGGAUGGUGUUGGGUGUCAUUGUUUCUUCUAAAGGGGGCAUGGGGAAGGAAUCUUUUCAUUCUUUUUUGAUCACAAAUGGCCCUGUAAAUUAGCUGCUUUCAAACUUUGAUUAUGAUCCAAAGAAAUACAUUUUACGUCCUGUGUGUACAUACCUGAAAUAAUAUUUACCCUUAUUAUUUCUAUUCUAUUCUAUAUUCCAUCAAAACAUAUUGGUUACCUCCACUAAUGAGUCAAGACCCAGUUUGAAAAACAGCAUUCUCACAGUUGGAAAAACAGCCCUCUGUAAAAAUGGAUAUCGACACUCCUCAUUUCUCUUAACAUCUGUUUUGUACUGACUGAACAGCUCUAAUCUUUCUCUCUACCUUGGGACUCCUCAGUCCACUAUCUUUUUUAUUUUUAUUUAUUUAUUUAUUUUUCACUCUUUUUUAAGAAGGAGAGAUUAAGAGACCUAGAUUUUCUUCAGGAUGUGCAUAUGAUAUUCUAUCAUGUUAAACUAGGUGUCUAGAUUUGAGGUGCCUGAUUUCAUGAAGUCACUGUCCUUUGCCCCAGGUGCAAAGAGGGUUGAAAAGUCUGAUUCCUGGAAAAGGGAUAAAGGGAUACUCAGCUUUGGCUUCUUCCCUCCAGUUCUGUUCUCAGACUGAUAAAAAUGUAUCUCUGGGUCACUUCCCCUGGGUCUCCGCCCCUUCCCGCCCCUCCACCAGUCAGACCGCUAGGUGAGAGGGAGGCGGUCGGUUACUCAAAUAUUUGGAACGGUGGCCCCCACACUGAUCCCUCCCAAUUCCUUCUCUCAGCCCGCCCCCUGCUGGGUUACGCUGGGUCAGGCGGCAGCGGUUUGGCAGUCAAGAGACUGACUGGGCUGAGAGAAGGGUGGGGAGGGGCUGUCGUGGAAGACAGGGGGGCCACGCAGGGCUGCAGAGCCUGUCUCCAGGGUUUGGCCAGGAAAAAGGCAGCUAUGUAGAUUAGGUCCUAGACAAGAUGACGUCAGUUCCAGGGUUUAUGCGGAUGGGCACAGGACUUCUUUAAGGUUGGGAGAAUGAAGAGAGGAGGAAUGGAUGGGGAAAAAGAAGGGUGCAGUUGCCAAAAGAGCAUCAGAAGGUCAAAGUCAUUUCUAUUAAGGGGAACAGAACUUCUCUUUUCCUUCCUGCCCUUCGAGUUACCACAGAAUAGAAAAGGAAUAUAACAUUCCUUAUUGUAUAUGCAGUGCGGGGUGGGAAGAAUGAAGAGAUGGCUGAGAGAAGGGUCCAGAGAAGGGGAGAUCAUUUUGCUAAGUUCGAGUCAGGAAACAGUUCUGGUAAUGGAAGUCAUGCCUUUGGCUUCCUCUGGGGUUCCUGGAAGCUGAUCCCAGGAUGGCUGAGCUGUGGGAAUGGUCAAUGAUGUUAAUAUUAACACAGAAGUAGAAACUUCUCCAGCCAUGGGUUUUCCUAAGCAGUCUCCCUUUAUACAACCCCAUAAACUGUUACCCAACAACUCAAGCCCUGACAUUUUCCUUGAUUUCAUAAAUAAAUCUUUCUUUCUCAAAGUAA